AUGGAUGAAACAUUAGUGCAGAAACGAGCUGUUGCUGGCCUGGCGCAGACGCAGGCGAGGUCAUUGCACUACUCCACAGAGGAGCUGCACUCUUGCCCUCUCCUUGCACAAGUGGCGAUGUACGCGACAUCAACUGCGUCCACGACGCCGACGUCCGGUUCUCGCGGGGACCUCUCCGGGGCAGCGGAGAGACGCAUCCGGGUCAUCCGGUUACUGCGCCCGCGCAGAGCAGCACCAGCUUUCGGCUUUUCCCUGCGAGGGGGCAAAGAGUACGCUACUGGCUUCUUCGUUUCCAAAGUAGAACACAGCUCUGAAGCACAUCUUCAAGGCUUGAAGGUCGGUGAUCAAGUGGUUAGCGUGAACGGUUACCGAGUAGAUGAUGCAGUGCAUGCUGAACUGGUCCAUUACAUCACCACACAGUCCAGACUCAAGAUCAAAGUUAGACAUGUUGGAAUGCUUCCAAUUAGAGAGAAAGAAUACGAAUCACUCUCUUGGCAGUUUGUGUCUGAGCGGACAUCGCUGGCUUCGGAUGUAUCCUCAUCACCCACGCUCUGCCAUAACACUGACCACAUAACUGAUUUGCGACUGUCCAUCUUGGUACCGCCAAGGGCUAAGCUCGGUUGUGGGAUAUGCAAGGGUCCUGAAUGGAAACCCGGUAUCUAUGUGCAGUUCGUACGUGAAGGUGGAAUAGCAAAGGAAGCUGGUCUGAGACCUGGAGAUCAAAUAUUGUCAUGCAAUGGAUUAGAUUUUUCCAACAUAUCGUUUAACGAGGCGGUGUCAGCGAUGAAAGUUAGUGGAAGACUGGAGCUCCUAAUACGAGAAGGCGCCGGGACCGAACUUGUAUCGCCUGAGAGCUCCGGCUACAACAGCUCAGCCUCGUCUGCUGCAGGCGAGAGAAGCCCAGCAUCAGUUGCGCCUGUUAUUCCUCUUGCUCCACCUGCAGCACUGCGCAGGAGGCUCGCAAGUGUUGCUGAGGAGGCCGCAGAUAGAGCAGAUAGACUCUCAACAAAUAGAAUAAAACGGCGAACCUGGGAUAGUCUGGAGUUCGAUUGGAAAAGUGGAGACAUUCAUAAUUUCGAUGCACCAUCUGAUAUAGAACCAGAUUACGAUAGUCCUAGUAUACCAAAUAACCCUCACACGUACGAAAAUAAAACAAACAUGAAAAAUAAAACAAUAAACGAAUAUGAACCUGCCAAAGUCACCACCCACUUGAAUAGAACGAUCAUCAAUUUGACUGAAAAUGGUGCGACCACAGUCUUGCAUUGUAGCUAUGAUAAUUCAAAUAAAAAUGUUUAUGCGGCGAAUCAGUCGAACAAAGAUCAUGACAAGAAGACGAUAGUUGUCGAAGUGCAUAAUGUUCACACAACUCAAAAUGCAAAACCGCAUUGCAACUAUCCAGUGCCACCUAAAAACGAUAUGAAUUCAGAUACAACGAGUAUAUCUAGUUCAGCCACAUUAUCUAGUGCCAUUGUCGAGGAAAUACAAAGGAGAAAAUUGAACAAGAAGAAACCAACAAUCGAAAAAGAACCUCCGAUUACACCGAAGAAGCCUAAUAUUCCAAAAAUAGACGAUGAUAAGAAAAAACACCACAACGCCCUAAUGGAUGAAUUUAAAAAGGUCCACAGAAAAAUGUUUGCCAACCAAGAAUCAGAAAGCGAUAAUAACAUCAAAGAAAAUGGUGAUAGUUCGAGUAAGUACGAACUACGAGGUAAAAUAGACUGA